AUGUACACACCGACUCAUUCAUCACCAAGACUAGAGCUUCGUCCUAAGCGGGUCAAGGCCGAACACGCAAUCAUGGAUGCCAACAGACUCGUACACAAAGAAGACUAUCCGGCUGGGUUACGUCUGUACACCAGACUCCUCGACGAAACAAGCCAUCCAGCCUACUAUCUCAACCGCGCCUUGUGCUAUGUCGCCAUGGGUCAGCCUCACCUUGCUGUCAACGAUGCUCUAAGAGCGUACAUGAUGGCUCAGUCGAUUCUUGAUGCAACUCGUAGCAAAGGAGAUGUCAACGAUCACAUCCGUAGAAUCGACGCCCGUAUCCUCACCUACACCGCACCAUCAACAAUGUUCGAACUCGAACACCAAAACUUCAAGCUGGCAAGAAUGACCAUUGUCAAGGAAGAGUUCGAAGAUCAGAAUGUUGAGAAGAAGGUGUUUACCCCAGCACCUUUUGAUUUGAAAUACAAAGCUCUGUUUCGCUUGGUGGAUGCUCUUUCCAGAUGCGGGCGCGGUCCAGCAUACAAUGCUCUACAUCUUCUCGGUGACAUCCUCAUGGAAGACGCUGGUGGUGCGAACAAGAAAGCCUUCCAGCCUUUUGUCCGUCAAGAACUCGAUGCGCUCGCCAAACACGUACAGGACAAGCUGCUUGACGACGUUAUCGAGGGCAAGAUGGCCGCAGCAGAUCUCCAAUUAACUCAGACGGGAUUCAGCCUCUUGAGCAGUGCCCACUAUGGCUUUGCUGAGCGCCCGAUCAACUACAACAUUCUCAACAACUAUAUACUGACGAUUGACUCCGACUCAAUUGUUCAUUACGAAUACAAGUUUGGCAUGCCAGCAGCGCUAGCAGCUACUCAGGAUGUCUUCGAAGGCAUGGUGUUGUUCACCGAGAGCCUUCCAUUUGUCGUCUCGACAGCAAACACACCAGAUCAAUCAAGGCUUGCGAUCAUGUGUGACGCCUGUGGGACAGAUCUGCAGAUGCCGGCACCUUUGGUUCUGCGCGUCUUGGUUGAAGAACUGAAGCAGGCAGGAGCAGAGUCUUCUUCAGUCAACCAUCGCCGCACAGUCGCGGUGGAUACUCCACUAGGAACACCACCACGUUCAGGAUCCACCGACAAAGACAGAGACACAGAUUUCGAGCAGAGAAUCCCUCAGGCAGAGGGGAGAGAUUACGGCGAAGUCGGAGGUGACCAGUUUGAUGAGGACUGGAACUCUGAAUCGUCGAGCGACAAGACUGACACAUGCUCGGAUCAUACGGCCCCUACCACUCCAGUGCGUGGCAGAAUUACAUCAAGACCUGGUAUCUUCGAGACUUCAGACGUUCAAAUCUGCCGUUAUGGUAAAGAGAAGCAACGUGAGAACUUUUCCUUUUGCUCGGUUGAUUGCUUCGAACUAGCAAAGGCCACUUACCAUGACAGUAUUUGUGGAUCGCACAUUGAAGACUAUCUCCGCAAGUCUAUAAUUCAAGUAGAGAAUUCAGGACUUCCAAGUGUCGACACUCAGAAGCUUGUUUUACUACUUCUUGUCCGGGUUCUUGGAUGGGCAUACGCCACAUCAACUGAUCCUCUGGAUUUGCCUGUUAUUCAGUUGUUCAUGGCAUCUCCUCGUCGUCCAUCUUUGAAGGACGAAUUAUCGAUUCCAUGGUCUUUUCACAACAACGUCAUGCGUCCCUAUCAGAUGUACCAGGCCAUGGACGGACGUGGAGAUGCCCCUAAAUCGGUCACCAACCCCGACUACUCUGAUGGUAGCAUAAUCAACACUAUCAUCAGUCUCAUCCAGCGCCAUAUCGUCAUCUGCGACAAGGUUCUUUGGACCAAGACUUAUGACGAGGAUGGUUACCAUGAGCAAACAUACCGCUACUCGGAUAAGGAACAUACCGACGAGGACGAAAGCACCUUGUUUGGUCGACUGCAUCCUUUGUGUGAUCUUGUCCCUUUGGUGCCAAAGCCUGAAGAUGCGAAUGUUGAGCUCGUGGAUUUGGGUGGUGGCCAGAUCAUUUGCUUGCCCAUAUUCACCAACCGGGCAAAAAACAUCGACUCUGUACAAUGCAUCAAGAAAGGCACUCGUCUAUUACUUCACAGCCCAGCUCCUCGUUUCGCCACCAACGAAGAACGCGUGACCUACGCCAAGGUGGAAGAUUACGGUAAGGGAGGUACGAUGAUGGACGCGGAGAGAGAUGAAAGUAUGCUUGAAGAAUCCGACACAGAAGGUGAACUGCAAACCGAAGAGCAGGAAGAAGAGUAUAGCGAAUAUCUUGAUGAGGAGACUUACGGUGCCGACGACGAAUACAUGGCUGAUGCUGAGUUCGAGAUUGAUGAGGACGACGAGGAGAUGAUGAAUUUCUAG